AUGCCGCAUAAAAUGUCAUUCGGAAAGUUGUAUACGUACAAGGGGAGUCCCCGAGCUAUAGGAAUAUUAGCAGUCGCCAAAGCGAGUGGGCUACAGAUAGAAGAAGUCGAAAUACAGCCUGCCAACGGGGUUCCUGAGGAGUAUCGAAAGCUGAACAAGCUGGGGAAAACACCUACAUUCGUUGGAGCUGAUGGCCUAGUCCUCACUGAAUGCAUAGCCAUCGCGCUCUACAUUACCAGUCAAGAUCCAACAAGCACUCUCCUGGGUGCGUCCGAACUGGAUUUCAUCCUUGUCCUCCGCUGGCUCUCUUUGACCAACACAGAUGUGGUCAACCGGAUGGCAGAUUGGAUCCGCCCCCUUAUCGGCUAUACUCCGUAUUCGAAAGAAGCUGUUGAAAAGGCUCAGAGAGAAACAGACCAGGCAAUCCAGAUAUUCGAGGAUCAUCUACAGGACCGGAAAUAUCUUGUGGCAGAUCGACUCACACUUGCGGAUAUCUUUUGUGCUGGCUUGCUCACAUUUGGAUUCGCUAAGGUGUUCGAUGAAAAGUGGCGUAAGCGAUUCCCUUACUUCACAGGCUGGUUCGUGUGUAUAACGAAUCUACCAAUGUUCAGAGCAGUUGCACCAGUUGUGAAUAUGGUAUCUGAGGGUUUGCCUAACCAGCCACCAACGGAGCCGUUCAAAGCCCCUUGA